AUGGACACUUUGUGUUGGAACGUCUCACUAAGCCCGAAAUGAACAGAGAAACCAUUGAAACGACCGCCUUCCGUCAGCUAAGCUCGCAGAGAGUGAAACGGGAAGGGAGCUCCAAGGGAGGGAGGAGGAAAGGAGGCCGACGACCAGGUGCGUCAGCAACAUUGUGUUAUCCCAACUUCCAGGUGCGUUGGCGAGCCAAUGGCGACAUUGCGUUGAAUGAAGGGAUGAUACGUGACAGUGUGAUCUGUGUCUGUGUGUGCAGGAGUGUCGCUUAGCGUCAUGGGCCAGUCGCCGUCUGCCGCACCGCAAGCACCUCACACACAGGCGGUGCCGCCCGACUACAAGGGACUGGAUGUCGUCGACAUCAUUCCCAACGAGGGGAUGGUGGGUCGGAUAGCGGAGACUGGAGGCAUCCGUCCUCUCAGUCCUCCCUCCCGGCAGCUGCUGGAGGGCUGCAUCCGCCGCAGCUUCACCGACGUCAGUCAAGUCAAACAACUGCUCCGCCAAGGAGCCGACCCGAGAUCCUGCGGCGGCCUUCGUGUCCACGGCACCAUUUUGACUCCGCCUUGGCAAUACAGCUGCCUGACUUUGGCCAUCGACAGCCCAUUAAGCCGCCCAUCCCUCGUUAACGACCCAUUCAUCGACAACGCCGAUGGCUCGGCCGUCCGUUUUCCGCCCGUUGUCCUUCCCCAGUGGUCCUCCCGUCAGCUGCAGUGUGACAUCAUCAACGCACUUAUCGACGGCGGGGCGGACGUCAAUGCGGCCGAAGGCCUUUUUGGACGUGUGGCGGACAGGCCCAUCAGGGUGGCCGUUGCGGCGGGCAAUCUGGCGGCCGUGCAGACCCUGCUGGCGGGCAACCCCAACGUGCGGGGCUUUGCGGUGAUGCGGGUCCCCUUCCUUCCCUAUGGUGACCUCUCCCUCACUCGUGAGUACGAGGACGCCGUCAUGUGUAUCAUCCGGCGGCUCAUCCAACACGACAGCACACUCGCAACGGAGCUCUUCUUUGGGGACAAUCUGGUCCAUCUGGCAGCCAGGAGCCCUUCUGCCUUCUCCCAGCAGUUCAUCGACCAGUACCUGGACCUCAUCACCAGCCAUGGCGCCGAAAUGACGGCAAAUGGCAGGGUGCACGGGACACCAUUGCACAUGGCGGCAGCGCAUGGGUCCCCCUAUGUGGCUGAUUGGCUGUGCCGCCGGCUCACAGCCGAGGACAUCAACAGAGGGAGCCCGAACCAUCCUGGCAUCACACCCCUCUCAGAGGCUGCCGAAGGGCUCGAUCGCCUCAUCCAACACCAGCAGCAGCUGCAGCAAUAUGGAGAGGGCCAAGUGGAGCGGUGGUCGAGACGAUUCCGCCACCACAAGACCAUCACCUGGACGCUGCUGAGGGGUGGGGCUGCGCCAUCGAUCAGCCGCAUGCCCAACGACACCCAGCAGUACCGCCGUCAGCGUCAGGUGGUGCUCACCGAGUAUGCCACAGUGCUGAAUGAGCUGUCUGAGGUCGUCAUCUUGGCCAUCAAUGCCGCCCUCGCCCCCCAGCGCGACCACUCGAUGCUUCUCGCCCGUCUGCUGCCCCUCGCCCCCCACCACGACGGCGCCCACCCCCACCCCUCCCCAUCCAACAUGGCAUUCGGACCACACGAGGCUGAGGCCAUCGCAUGGAGGAUCGGCGCCUUCCUGCACGAGCCUUCGGCGGCUUCGGCGGCCAUCGACGAGUACCUCAUCGGCGACUCGCUGCUGAGGCGCCGCAUCCGUGCGGCCGUCGGCCACUUCGUCAAGUCGGCGGCCACUCAAACGAGCAGCAACAGGGAGGUGGUGGGCGGCGUGGCCAGUGUGGGCGGCGUGAUGGUGCGUGUGCCGCUGCAGUGCUUCGCCCUCCGUGGCAGUGGCAGCCGUGUGGUGCUGACGGGUGUGCGUGAGGUUAUCCAUCGGGCCCGGCUGGACGAGGCGGCGCAGCAUGGUGUGGUGGGGGUGGUGAAGGGCUUCAAUGAGCACCUGGGCGACCUGGACUGCCAGUUCGAGUGGGGCGUCUGUCCAGGACCGGACUGUUUGUGCCGCUGGGCAUCGACUGAGAGGGAGAGGGCUCUAGUGUAGAGGGCGACGCGGCUGCAUGUCUUGCUGCUUCUUGGUGCAGUUCAAUGACACUUGUGUUCGCGAAGCUCACCGGGCUUGUGUGCGGGGAGACAGCAUUGACUCGAUUCAUGUCAAAUCGUGUCUGUACCUUGCGUGGCCUCGCGAAAAAAUGAAGCGUCUCUCGCGCCGGUCACGGGUGAUAAAUGAGCACUGUGUGAGGGUUAGUGAAUGACACACUUGAUCUCACAGCUGGAUUGAGUCCAUUAAUAUCAUGC